GCUAUGGGCAUGGGUGUCAAUUUACUUUCAGCAAAUACUCACAACAUCAUCAUGGCAAUGACAGGCAGUGGGCUGUUCACACCAGAAGGACCUGCCAUCUACCACUAUGACAGUCGGACCAAGGAGGGACGUCUCCUGCUAGCGGAGUUGAUCGCACGCCCCCGUCUUUCCCUCACCUACCCUCCUGCCAUCAACUGGAGUUUGCAUGCCACAAGCAUCAAUAAAUUUCCAGGACAAAAUGACACUUUCUCAGGAGCUGUCCGGAAAGAUAUAUUCACUUUCAGUGAACUCAAGCGCAAAGCUGGAAAUUACACAGUUUGUCAAGGUGACCUCUGCUGUCAUCUGGACUAUCAGAUGUCAAACAAGAGCAAAGAUGAAGUUUAUGUCCUAGGUGCUUUUGAUGGGCUUCACGGUUCUACCAUAAAGUACCAUUGGCAGAUAUGCACACUGCUCAAAUGCAAGAGCACAGACCUGGACACGUGUGGGCAGCCCGUGGAGACAGCUCAGACCAAGUUUGAUAUGUUCUCCCUCAGCGGCACAUUCAGCACCAGCUAUGUCUUUCCAGAAGUGUUGUACAGUGGAGUGCAGCUGGCUCCUGGGGAGUUUGAGGUGCUACGUGACGGGCGUUUGAGAAGUAAGCACAGUACAUCAAAACCACUCAUAACAGCAACACUUUUCGGAAGGCGUUAUGAGAAGGACCCGCCACAUCCUCUGCGACCCUCCCCGUAA